GGGAAGCAGCGAAAGGUGUACAAGGUUGCGCUAACAGGAGGGCCGUGUGCUGGGAAGACAAGCUCGCUGACCAGCAUCGCCGACUACUUCAGAGGGCUGGGAUGGCGAGUGUACGUGGCUAAGGAGUCAGCAUCGAUCGUGCUAGGAGGAGGAGUCAACUUUGCCAACCUCAACUCGGAGCAGAUCUUUGAGGUGCAGCUCGCGAUUGUGAGGAAUAUGAUGACGCUGGAAAGCUCGUACGAGGCCAUCUGCAUGGCGAGCGAUCAGGGGGAGAAGUGUAUGGUUGUGUGCGACCGAGGUAUCAUGGACGCGUCUGUCUACUGCGAUCAUGCCACAUGGAUGAGGGUGAUGGAGAGCGUCGGGUUGGAUCACUCGAGCGCGUGCGAUGCGAGGUAUGAUGGGGUCUUGCACUUGGUUACAGCAGCUGAUGGAGCAGAAGAACAUUACAACUUGGUGAGAAGAUGGGUCAGGACGGAAACGGCGGACCAGGCGCGGCAUCUCGACAAGAAGACUCACUCAGCAUGGCGCUCGCACCCCUGGCUCACCUUCAUCGACAACUCCACCGACUUCAACAACAAGGUCAAGAGGGCAGUCGCCGCCAUCUGCGGCAUCGUCGGC